CUUGGUACUACGUAUCAGUAAUAUACUAUCCAGCUCCUUGAAACGACGUUUUCACAGACGAUUUUUGUACUUGGUUGGUCUAAUGCGACUGUGGGUACGAUGAGACGUUCUGAACACCUGAACCCUAAACCUCAACUACACAGUCGAGUUCUCGUGCUGGGAUUGAUGAUGUACACCCGUUUAACACAAUCAUCGAGAAUUUGGUCAGAUGACAGAAUGCCGAUUUUGGAUUUCUGCAUACUUGCUGUAAUCUGAGAAAUUUCCCUCGUCUUAGAGCUAUCGAAAGCGGAUUUCUGUGGGUGUCGUUGUCUAGAAAUGCUUCAAUCGAGUGAGCAGUUAGUUGAUUGUUGUCGAGUAAUUGCAUAAUAUUGAUAAAAUGCAAAGCGCCCCUGAAAAUGGUUCGAAGGAGCCGAAAGGCAGGAGCUGGACAGUCAGCAUUGCUGUCGCGGGCUCCAUUGUGGACAACACUCAGUCUCUCGAGCUUGCUAGCUUGAUUUCGGGACAGAUAGCCCGAGCCGCUGCUAUUUUCAAUGUCGACGAGAUUGUGGUGUAUGACGACAGCGAACGGUCCGCAAAACUGUCUGCGAAGUCCAGGAAGUGGAAGGAAUGUGCAGCAGAUACUGGGGGCGUAUUUUUGGCCAGGCUUUUGCAGUUCCUCGAAACACCUCAGUACUUGCGCAAGUCUCUUUAUUCAGUGCACGUCAGCCUUAAAUACGCGGGUAUGCUGCCACCCAUAGAUCCUCCACAUCAUCUGCGACAGAUGGAGUGGCUACCUUAUCGAGAAGGGGUUGUGGUGGAGAAAAGACCUGAUGAUGGGGGUUCCUUUGUCAAUGUCGGUAUAGUUAAGGAUGUACGCAUUUCGCAGUUCAUCAAAGCUGGGACUCGAGUCACCGUUGCGAUGGGGGAUGAUCCAAGCUAUAAAAAACUAUACGCAAGAAAGCUGAAGGCCGUACCUCCGACGGAGCCUCGCGAGAAAUCUGGAUUGUACUGGGGCUUUUCUGUACGACUUGCAUCAUCCUUAAGUGGAGUAUUUACUGAAUGUCCCUUUGAGGACGGAUAUGAUUACACAAUUGGGACUUCUGAACACGGAGAACAGCCGGAUUCUUCAGAUCUGGUUAUACCAUCUUUCAAGCAUCUGCUUAUCGUGUUUGGAGGUGUAACUGGUUUGGAGCAUAGUUUGAAAGAAGAUGAUAACCUUGAGAUAGAAGAAGUUAGCUAUUUAUUUGAUCGAUACAUCAACGUUUGUCCUGAUCAAGGCAGCAGAACUAUACGAACGGAGGAGGCCAUUCUCAUUGCCCUGCAAUUUUUCAAAAAACCUAUACAACGAUCCUGUUCGAAGAGAUGACGCCCAAGGCAUUUCCCUUUAAGUAAGGCUGUUAGAGAAACUAGCUAAAAUUGUAGCUGCUCCCUGCAUCAUCGAGGUUUGUAAGGAUUUUUUUUUUCAGAAAUGACUUUUCCUCUAUGGAGCAGCUACAGAGUUUAAUUAGUUGUAGACUAUGAUGUGCACAAUCGAAAAUUUUGCAAUUCGGGCAGCUAGUGUAUGCUAUGGUUCUUAUGUACUUUGCACCUCAUCUAUGUUGUGUCAGCAGACAAAGCAUGAGUUAGGCAUCUCAAGCGGUCGUUCUUCGUAGGUACAAUCUCUUCUGCGUUCAUGUAAGAAAGCAAUAUUAUCUAGACAACUUCGAUAAAAUCACAUGAGUGGCACAAGCUUUCAGCCAGUGUCAAUCAGCACAGAGAACGUUUUUGCAGUAGUGUUGAGCCACGAAUUAUAGACUUUGUCUCAAAUUCUACCAGUCACUGUUCAGUCCUGGAUGUUAGCUUCGAAGAUUAGUUGUAUAAAGCGAUCCAAAUUUCAGCUUGAGUGGUUUCAACGUGGAUAUAUGCACCUUUAUGGUCCCCGUGAAUGUGCAGUUGAAGCUCAAGACACUUCUGGUCUCUUCAUCUAUCAAGGAAUAUUUUGGUCUUGG